GCACUUUAUCAAACCAAUUUACAUGGGCUGUACAACGAAAAUACAUUGAUACGGUUUAUAUUAAAUCAAAAAGAAAUAACUACAGGCCUUCCCCCAGGCAUGGUGCUGCUUGACUUCAUCCGUUACCAUCAGCACCUGGCCGGAACAAAGGUAGGUUGCCGUGAAGGCGAUUGUGGUGCCUGCACUGUGUUAGUCGGUGAGCUGGUAAAUGAGAAACCUGUUUACCGGUCGAUGACCAGCUGCCUUGUUCCUCUCGGUAACGUACAGGGAAAACACAUUGUAACGAUCGAAGGCAUCAAUGAACCAGACUCGCUAAACACGGUUCAGGAAUUAAUGGCAGAUGAGGGGGCUACGCAAUGUGGUUUCUGCACACCGGGCUUUGUUAUGUCAAUGACCGGCUUCUGUCUCGGGCAUAACAAACCUACAGGCGAGAAUGCUGUUGCAGCCAUCGACGGCAAUAUUUGCCGGUGUACCGGUUACAAAUCCAUUCAGCGUGCCGCAGAGAGACUCGCAACAAUAAUACAGGAUGAAAAUGAUAACGGACCUGUCGCUCGCGGUAUAAAUAAACAAAUCGUCCCUGCGUAUUUCGCUGGCAUAGGUGACAGGUUGUUAUUAAUUCACGAUACUGAAAAAAUUAAACAGCUUUCUGACCUGGCUGCUUCGCCUUCCCGUCCCCAUGUGGUGGGUGGCGGUACCGACUUAUAUGUGCAGAAGCAUGAUGAGAUGACGCAUGCCGGCAUUCGUUUUGUGUUCGAUCAUCCCUCGUUGUCAACCAUAUCGCUGCGGGAAGAACAGAUAAAAAAUACCCAUGCUAACAAGAAACAGGCAUCCGCCGAUCCUGAUUUCCUUUUCGUGAUGACUGAUGCGUAUAAAAAGUUCGGUGAAAAUGUUACAGAUCAAAACAAGAGAGAUAUCGCUGGCUGA